AUGACGACCCCAUACCCGGAGUCGCCCGCGACCAUGCCGGCGCAUAACCGCGACAACGCUCGCAUAUUGCGAGAAAUAUUGCAGCCAAAUUGGUCCAGACUGUCUUCUAAUGACCAGAGAAUUGCGGCAGAGCAGGUCUUGUUAUGUCUCAACUCGGCAUUGCUGCAGUACCCAUCAAACUACAGCAGCAUCAGCGCUUAUCGAAACGGGAAGCUCCAAGGUCUUCCAUUCCCGAGAGCACGAUGGCUGGUCCUCGCGAUCUGGCUCGGUGAGGCUGCUCUCAAGAACUACGACAAGAGGCUUGCGAAGAAAUGGCGAUACGCCCCUUGGGCAGACAUGGUUCCAGUCAAAUGUCCCAUGACCCAUCUGAGCAAGUCGGAGUACAAUGCGAGCCGCCGGUGCACAGCGAUUACGCAGACACCAAAAGACACGCGACAGCAGGCGGCUUCAAAUGCCCAGGUAGCAACAGAGGCGGCAUACGAGCAAGUCUUGACGCAGGCGGUCAGCAAACCAGCCCGCGGGGCCCCGUUUGCUGAAAAAGACGGCUACGACGGAGGCGAGGACGCCAUCGAAGAGGAGAACGACGAAGGCAGGGUCGAAGACGACAACGGCGGUGCAUAUGGCGAGAUCUUUUAUUACCACGGCGACGAUGACGACAGCGACUAUGUCGACAGCGAAUACGACCCCGGCGAAGACAACAGCGGCAAAACCAAUGGCGGCAAAGACGACGACGACGAAGGACAGAAUGCUGAGAAGGCGGUAGCCUCUGCCGCCAGCGACUGCGCUUCCGAUCGCCCAGUCCCAUCCAGUAACGACCUGACAGGCGCCGACACCCGCGAGGUCGAGCAAACGGACGAUCAAAAUCAUGACGACAACGGACGGCCCAUGAACUUGGAGGCUCUGGAAAUCGACGUCGAUCGCGACGCGACCUCAUCAUCUGACGAUCUUGACGACCAAGAUGACGACAGUGUCCCUGAUGGCGACCCGUACUGGAAGAAGGUCGCCAUUAGACGCAAAAAGCGCCUAUACAAGGUGAAUGACGGUGACGCCGGGGCCGCUAAACGGACCGAGAAUCUGCGCCUCCGCUAUCGACGGUAUAAGGAAGCCUGGAAGAAAAAGAACGACGAAGUCGCUAUAUUCUUGCGCCAUAGCAUCAAGCUUGAGACUCAUAAUUCAGAGCUAUACGAGCAGCUAGAGGAAGCCGGUGAUCGAGAGAGCUUGAUGCAAGAGACGAUACGAGAGCAAGCAGAGCAGCUCGCCGCCAUGCAGGGACGGAUAGAUGACAUUGCUCGCUCAAAUGCGUCUCUGGAGGAGCAGCUUACUCUGCAAUCGAACGCUGGAGAAUUCCUCCGUUCACAAAUCGAAGAGAAAAACGACAUCAUUCGACGUCUUCGCGAUGAUGUAGCUCGUCUUGCUACCCGCAGUGUCACUGGCAGGCGGGACAUGGCGGUCGGAACGGACCAAAGUGGCGCGACCGGCAAAACAGAGGCCGGCACGAUGGACAGCGCGGAUACCGACACGCGUGGUGAUACAGACGGGAAGCGGGAUGACGCUCUUCUUGCAGCUCGCGCUGAGAUUGCGUGGGAGGACAAAAUCACUUUGGAGCAGACCUUCAAGCAAGUAGCCAGCCAACUCAUCACCGAGCUCAAGGACAGCCUGUCGACCUGCAGCAGCUGCACCGAAAAGAGCGAACAGUUGCUCGACCUCCACCGUAAACUUCAAGCCGCAAACGAGGUCCUCGACGAAAGGGCAAAGACGGUGGCCGACACCCAGGGCAAGCUGAACGCCAAGGACGCGCAGAUCGACGAGCUGCGCCAGAAGCUCGACCAUACCCAGCAACACGCGGCGCAGCUUCCCGGCAUUUCCGACCUGUUGGAGCAAUUCGCCCACGUCAAGGCGGAACUAUCUGAGCGAGCCGCCGUCGAGGCGGAGCGCGUGGCGGCCAAGAAGCGAGCUGACGCCCUCGCAGAACGGCUUUGGGUUGAGAAACAUGGGCGGAGCAAGGCAGAGGGCCAAGUCCGCAGCUUGAAGCACAAGCUCGGUAACGAAAGCGACAAGCCCGCCCAGGCCCAGCACCAGGUCAAUGAAUUGCCCAAGACGCGGCUCGAGAUGGAACAAGAGGAAUGCGGCUCCUUCUCCAAAGUUGGCGAGCUCGAGAAACAGUUGCGUGAGCAGAAACGGGCCAGAGCUGUGCUGGAAGCUAGAGUCGGCGAACUGGAAGAGCAGCUCCGCCGGACCAAGGAAUCCCAGGCGGCGGCCGAGGACAAAGUCAAGACGGCGCCGGACGACCUCGAUCAAUACAGAACCCGCUCGGAGAAGGCCUCGGAAUAA